GGACAGACGCUCCGAUGACGUCGUAAAGGGCGUAACCGCCGCUGGGUGUCUCGCUGCCUGAGAAGCGACCGAACAACAUUUGUGCGAAGCGACGAGAUCGUCAUGGAUCGAGGCUACGGUUCAGGUUAUAGUUGGGGAGGUGGAGGGUCUGGCAGCAGAGGUUCUAGCGGCUUUGACAUGUACGGUGGAGGUUACAAGGACUCGAUGUCCGGGCUCGGCGGCUACGGAGGAGGAGGAGGAGGUAGCGGCCAAAUGAAAAGGAAUCUAUCUGGAGCGUCCAUGCUCUCGUCUUCAGGCACACACGCAGAUGCAGUCAUUGCCAAGAUCAACCAGCGACUUGACAUGCUCACUCAGUUGGAGGGGGGGUUGAAAGGGGCUCGAAAUGACAGGUUUGACCAGUACGAGUCUUUCGACUCGCGCACUUCCUCCCUCGCCUCCUCCCGAGAUCUCUACAGAUCUGGCGGCAGUAGCUAUGGCUAUGAUGAUGGCCGUGGGGACAAUCUGCUGUUGGGUCAGCGAGGAGGCUCUGGCUUCGGAGGGGGAAUGGGGCUAGGAGGAGGCGGAGGCUUUGACAGCCCGUCCUCUUCCUAUGGAGUCGCUAAAAUGCGACAGAAUAUGAGGGAUUCCUUCACCAGUAGCCAGGGAGGAGUUUCUGAAGGUGGAGCAUGGGUAUGGGGAGGAGCAGGCCGACGUUCCCCCAGAAGGGGUGGAAGUGCCGGGGGUCGAGGAGCUGGCGGAGGUUUUGGAAGUCUCAGGUCUGAUUCCACUCCAUUAGGCGGUGGGAGGGGAAGUGGCAGUGGUGGCCAGUCCCACCGUGGCCACUCUCCAGGAGGUGGUAGAGGCAAGCUCCCAUCUCUCCUGUCCAACCGCAUGUACCCUGAGAGCGGGGGCUUCUAUCAGGGUUCCGCUCAAGGGCCUCACGACUUUCCUGGGAGGCACUUUGGAGGGGGCCCACGGGCUGGCCGCCAGCGAGGCCGCAAGAGACCCCUCAACAAACAGCAGCAGCAGCAGCAGCAGCAGGUGAAGCAACAACGUCCAGAUGUCCAGAAAAAGAGAAAGCAGAUGCUCACUGCAGCUGAUGAACCAGAGUCCAAGAUAAAUAAGACGGAGAGUGCAGGGACAGAGGUGACCCAAG